UGGACUUAUUUUUGGAUCUGGAGAUAGAAGAGACUUGGAGACGCUGCAGGAGGGUCUCGUAGUGGUCUUUUACUUCAGUUUGGACUGUAAUAAGGAGUUACAUACAUGCUCUUUGGAAGGACUAAGGGUUCACUUUAAGGUUCUUCUUGGUCACCAGAUGAAGCUGGAUUUCUAGUUCCUCAGUUUUCCAAAAUAUACUUUAUACAAUUUUCAGUGGUUUGAAUCAUGACGCAUUUCUCAAACUCUCUGUCGUCCAAACCUCCGUUUAUCCUCUGGCCUUUCAGAGACUGUCUCUGAGCGUAUCAACUAAAAAUCAGCCAAUAUCAUGAACUUUUGAUUUUUCUGUUCAGUUUGGAUAUACUGUUUUUCUAUAUCUUAUCUCCAUCGACUUUCUACAGGCCUCAGGACUGAACUGAAGACAUCUGGUUGAGGUUUCACUUGGAUCAUGUGGUCAACAUUCUUUGUGACUGAUGAGGAGGGUAGACCCGUGGGUGGUCCUGGGGGAGGGGGGGUCCAGGUGGGGGGGAUGCCCCUAGCAGGGGGCCCAGCUCAGGGUCCAGUGGGUCUGAACAAUUUGAUGACUGGACGCAGCACUUUCGGAGGAGGAAGCAAGAGACGAAGGACCACCUCAGGAGCACAGGCCAUGAGCGAGGCCCAAGAGGGGAAGAUUAAGUUGGCAUUCUUCGUUGCCAUUGUGGGCGUGGUGCUGACGGUCCUUGGUGUUGGGACAGAGUUCUGGGUGGAACUAUCUCCUCCAAAGCACUUUUACAACAAUCAGACGUGUCUGACGGCUCACCUGGGCCUGUGGAAGGGCUGCACCAAGACCCUGUGGGUGGCAGACAUUGACCCCGAGAGAGAGACAUGUGGCCCGGCCGAACUGCCCGGAGAGACAAACUGCACCUACUUCAAGUACUUCACAACGGGAGAAAACGCAGUGAUGUUUCAGAAAACUACACACAAAAACCUGAGCAUGGCGUCUGCGAUGUUGGCCAUGUUCAGCCUGUUCCUGAUGGUGAUGGGAGCCAUCUGCAUCACAAUGUCCCUGAGCAAAGAAAUCCUGUUCUUCCUCAAACCUGCAUCAGUCUGCUUCAUUCUCUCAGGUGUGCUGGUGCUGCUGUCCCUUCUGGUCUUCCAUCAGUCGGUUUUGGCGUUUCUGUCCAGUGACCACAGCGUGCCCCUUCACCACGAGCUCGCCUGGUCUGUUUCCUGUAUCGGGUGUGCGGGGGCGGUGCUUAUCGUUGGUGGAAUCCUGUUCCUGCUUCUCGCUCUGCCCUACAGCCCCUGGCAACGCUGCCUCCCUCAGAAGAAUACCAGUAGCAACAGCGGCGGCACCUAGUGGAGAGCAGGGAGUACUGCGGUUUGGAAAGUGAAAAGGGCUGAAGGUUUCCCAAUGACAUCAGGCUGUUUCUAACUAGUCUAACUAAAGAAAAAUAUUGUAAGCAUUGUGUGAAAUAUGCGGCAAAAAGUAAGGUAAACUAGAUAAAUUCAAACACUCAAAUUAAGUACAUUUAAGGUGAUCUGAGGAGAUUUGAGCUUAAUGAGAGCACUCAGACUCUCUCUUUCAUGGUGCCCUGUUAAAAAUACAGAACAAUACAAACAAAAACAAGCAAAACAAAUAACUGCAGAGGUCCAUUUAAAACAUUAUAAGGAGCAGAUGUGAUUACAAAUGUUUAUUUCCAGAUUAUUUAAGUGCGUUAGUGGCACCAACGGAUUCAGUUUUGCCUGAAUGUGCAAAAGAUUUGUUGUUUUUAUUUAGUGUAGCGAGAUGUACUUUCAUAUUUUGGUAAAUGGUCAUGUUUUUGUAUAGCGCUUUUACACCCUUAAGUCAAAGCGCUUUACAUCAAAGGAACCACUCACACAUUCAUACACCAAUGUACACAGACACUGGGAGCGAGGUAGGUUAAGUGUCUUGCCCAAUGACACAACUACAGAAUUCAUCUCUAGGAGCUGGAAUCGCACUCCCAAUCUGUGGAUCAGUGGGCAAACACUCUACAAACUGAGCCACUAUCGCCUUUUUCAAGACAAAAAGGCUUGUUCCAUUGGUAGAUCAUUUUACUUUUCAUGUGAAAUUUACUCAAAUCAAGAUAACACUUUUUAAAUUCAGGUCAUUUUAACUUUUUGGAGUGUAGUGAUGUGUUACCACGAAUGAUUCAGUGGAAACACCCACAAAGCACUUUCCAUUUGUUUCUUUUCUUUUGUAGCUGUUAAACACUAAAAUCACACAAAGAGCCUUUUCAGUAAUAAGACAAAGUUCACAAAAAGUCAGUUGCUAAAAAGAUCAAGCGCAAAGAUAAUACAAAAUAUAAUGAGGGAACAUGUUAUCUUAUUAUCUUGUCAAACAUAGUAGCCCCGCCUACUUAGUCAUCUCUCUCUCCCUCUCUCUCUCUCUCUCUCUCUCUCUCUCUUUCUCUCUUUCUUUCUCUCUAAAGUUGUACCAUGAUAGACACUGGAAUAGUCCCAGUCAGGCCCUUUGACAGCAAUUUGGGCAAAAAGCCUCACAUGGGCCCCCCUCUAAUAUAAAUGAAUAUAUGGUUCUCAUAAAGAUGCCAACUAAAAGACAAGUCAUAUUAUGCUUUCUUUUUCCACAGUCCCGCCCACUUUUAAGUCCACUCUGGUUCAUGAAGUAGAUUUUCCAUUCAUUUUUCCCAUGGACAUUUUUAAAAAUUCAAAUAUUAAGAGUUUGAAGGCAUCACAGAGGCUAACCGGCUACAUGGUAACUAGGAUUGUACUGAUACCGAUAUUUGUAAAAGCUCCAGUACCACACAUUUUUCAGGUAUCGAUAUCCACUCUGUAUUUUCCAGAAUGAGGACCCGUAGAUGUGAGCAGUCGCUGUUGACAUCUGCAGCUAAUGCUACCGUCCAGAGCAGGUUAAAUGCAGACUGUGGAGGCUCUGUACACACUUAAAACAUGCUAAUAAUGACAGAAAAAACAUGUCGACACGACAACAUCAGUAACACCACAACAUCAGUAACACCACAACAUCAGUAACACCACAACAGCGCUAACACAGACUUUGUUUCCUCUGCAUAAUGAUCCUUGUGCUCUGAGGAUGAGGUCUUUUUCCAGGCCUCACUACUGUUUUUAUCCUCGCUCUGUGGUACAAAGUGAACAAGGAGAAAAGUGAAAGUGCUUAAAUCAGCACAACUCAUCAUCAGGAACAUUUUGCAUCUGACUCUGACACUUUAGUCUCAAAAUUUCAUUUAUUCUGGAGAUGUUUUUUACAGACAGACUUUUACUACAGUUAUUUUGCUCAUGGACUGAAACAAAACUGAGUAGCCUUAGUCACACUUACCCUAUGCAAUACAGGACUGGUAUCAGUAUCGGCGAGUACAAUAAGGCCAAGUGUCAGUAUCAGACCAGAGCCAAAAAAAAAAUGGCAAAGGAACAAGACUAGUGCUAACAAAUAUCCAUAAUGCGGUUGUUUUAAGGCAAAAGUAAAAUACAAAAAUCAGUGAAAUGUUUUAAUAACUUGGUUUAAUGUGGUUGAUAAACUUUCAGAUUUUAAAUAAAAGUAAAGAUCUUGUUGUCAUGAGUUACCACAUAGACGAUCAUCCCUGAGCUUUCAAACUUUUAAUAUUGUUUAGUUUUUUUGGAAUGUCUAUGGAAAAAAUGAAAUGGGAAUUGGCUUCAAGAACCAGGGUUUUUUCAUGAAUUAUAAAAUUAAGAGCCUUUAAUUCAUAAAAAUCCUCCAAAGUAAAAUUGAAAGAUACUGGAUAACAUGAGAUAUCAGAUUAGCUCUAUUCAUAUAUGCAGAGUUUCCAUCGGGGGAUACGGCUCAUGUGAACAGACUGGAGACUGCUACAUUUAAAUCCCUCUAAGUCCAGCUCAGAUCCUUCAGUGACGACUUUAAACCUCCACAAUGCUCACAUUUAAACUCACAUUUACACUCACAUAAACCACGUAAAAGCACCUAAAACCACUUUAAUCUGUGUAAACCCUCAACACAUGUUCAUCUGAAACCAUGGACACUGUUUGAAUUAAAGGUGCGUCAUGUAACUUUUAUCUUAGUCUCCAUGGGGAUGUUAUUGCUUUGCCUUGAACGUUCCAAAAUAUGGCAUUCAUCUUUUCUAUCUCCAAGGAUACAACGAGGUUAUAGCACCAGACAAAAUUACACAUGGGAUGUAUGGAGGGGUGGCACCAGAAAAUGGAUAGGGUUAAUGCCAUCCUGCGGAGCUUUAACAUCUCAAGGGUGACCAGCAGGUGAUGGGCCCUUCCCCAGAAAAGCUACAUAGUGCACCUUUAAAACAGCUUGAAUUAUGUAACUUUUCCCAUUGAGAGUUAGCUACCAUAUUGUCUCCAUUGAGAUGUUAUUGCUUUGCCUAGAAUAUCACAUCAUGGUAUUAAACCUAUCUAUCUCUCUAUGGAAACAAGCAGCUGUUACAAGUUAGAUCUCUGGAAAGGCAAGCUCGUUCACGUAAGAAUCAUGCUGUGUAAAAAUAGGAAUAAGAAAAGUGAGUGUGACGUCACCCACCGCAUUCGGCUCCAGUCAAAUGAAAUCAUCAAGGCUAGCAGUUAUGGGAGCCAAUUUGCACCAAAGUUUCAUAUUUGGAAUUCUGAGUAUCAUAGCAACCAAAGAGACAAUUCAGAGUGAGGCUGUUGACGGUAACGCUCCUUUCCACUCCACUGGUUUAGCAGGGAGUGGGUGCUUAGCAACACUGUCAAUCAAACAUGUUGAUUGAUCCAGAAGCACACCCACGAUCACACAGCAGUGGAACACAGCAGUGAGCAGUUUAGCUAUGUCUAUUUAUAUUUACGGUCUAUGGUAAAAAUAUAUGUUUUUCAAGGUAUUUUUGAGCAAUAAAAGCAGUAAAUGAAAUAAAGACUUCAGCAGAAAAGUUACAUAGUUACAUAGUAACUAUUAAUUACUAUUACAUAUUAAUAGUAUUCUAUAGAGUACAUUUUAGAGAUCAGAUUUGCCAAUGGAUAAAGUCAUAUUAUACUAAAAAUAUCUUGUCUUAAACUCAAACUCAAACAUGACAGAAGCUUAAUUCCACCAAUUUUAGAUGUUUUAAAUGAACCAGGGACAUUUAGUUUUAGACAUUUGUGUUUCCAAAAGCAGACAAACAAAACAAAGAACUAUAGUACAUAAACCAAAUCAUGAAUUGUUGAACUUUGCUACAGACAUAUAUGAAUUUUGUUCAUUUUUCAACCUCAGCGUCAACUAAACUUGUGUCCUGAGCUCAGAUGUCUUUGGGAUACUGCCCUGAUGUCUUACUUCUUCUGAAGCAGGGUUUGGAGACUGAACACAGAUGGUUCAUUCUUUUAUAAACUUUUAUAUUAUUUAGAUUUAGAUAUUUAAAUUCUCUUAACUGUUUUAUAAUUUAAUACCACAUCCAGAAUGAACCCGAGAGUGUCAGUCUCCUCUUGAUAUUUUCUUCUCAGUGAUGUAAAUGAAAAACAAAGCUACGUGUUGUUUAUGUAUUUUGUGCUUGGUCAAACACUCUGUUUUAUACUGUUAUGAUACUUAUGAAUAGAAUCUAACACUAUGAGGUCAAAAAUACUACGUUCUAAGUGGACGACCAUGUUUCUGAAAACAGCCCACUGAACAGGUCUAGAGAGCUGUAGGAGUUCUUGAAGAGUCUGUUUGCUAAAAUUUUUAUUUUGAGUUUUUAGUGAUGUUGUAAUGUUGUUUCCAAAUCAUCAUGUGUGAGUAAAACUGCAUAAUCUUCCCUCAGCGUACUUGGUUUUACCUUGUCACAUCCAAGGUGCUGUUCCAUGUUUUUUAAGUCCACACACACACCCCAACCUCAUUCGGAUCAUUUCACCACUCUGUACCAUAUGUAUUUCAAACUAGAAGGUAAUGUUUCUGUCUUAUUUACUCUGCUUUAUGUACAGUUGCUUUUGUUUUUUUUCACUGUCAGCAUUUAUUGACAAAAAAUGUGUAUUAAACCUACAGUGUGUAACUUUCUAACUCUUUGGAGGAGCCACAUCAUCUGCAUGAUUUCAUGGAAAUAAAGUGUUAAAACUAUACUUCGGAACAUUCUCUGUGGAGAUUGAUACAUUUUCAGCCAUACUCUGGGAUAUUAUAGUCAAAGGAACAACUUUCCAUGGAAACAAGCAGGAAGAGGCUCUCCUCCAGGCUGGGUACGAGUCAGGUUUGUGGAGACACAAGCCCACACACAGUGAGAAAGCAUGUUUUUCAAAUGCAAUAAACAACUAAAAUGAAACAAAAACAAAAAACGAAAUGAAACAUAAAAAGUUACAUACUGUGCCUUUAUGUAAUUACAUUUUGCCCAUGUCCAGUUGGCCCUGACUUGUAAAAGCAGUUCUUAUUGACUGAAGUGUGAUGGUUUUAAAGGUCUUCUUGUUCUCGUUCUAUGUGGUGUGGUUAUCUGUGAGUGAGCGAGAGCUGAAGUGUCUCUGCUCUCUUUGAAUCUAUUGAGAAUAAAUGAGUUGAUUUUAUUAUUAAAAACCACAUGAAUAUUU